AUGCCUUCAACAAUAACAUCACUGAAAUCAUCGACCUUGAAUGAAGAUGGUGACUUUUGCAUUGAAGGAAUCAAUGAUGACAAAACGACCAAUAAUAAUAGUAGUGGCAACAACAACAACAACAACAACAACAACAAUAAAUUCACGUCACUGCUGGACAUGGAAUACAAUCAAAUCAAGAAUUCCAAACUAUCCGACAUUACGAAACCAUACCAGUUUGCUGAAACGAACCCUCAAGACGACGUCAGAUUUGAAACGACUGACGACGACUACAUUCCAAAUGAUGACACGGAGGUUAUUAUCAUGGAUCAAUUCAGCAGCUUUCUGAAUGCUGGAGUGCAAGGAGCUACUGCAAGGCCGGCCUACAACGAUCUAUCAACAGCUGAUCGCGUGGAUUCUACAAAUACCGUGCUCCCAUCGGUAUCGACGGGUAUCGAAUCGCAGUCAGGUCGUAGUAACAGUCAAGUGGUGCCACAAUCACAAAACAGAAUCGCUCUAGAUGAAAAAGAUCAUGCUGCCAUUGAGGCAUUGGAAGGAUUUUUGUCGUCCAUCUUUGAUGGCCAAGUGAAAGCACGAGACAUUCAUUUGUAUGCCUGCGACUUGGUUGCCAUCGGAUUCGAUCCAGAUUGCGACAUGGGCAAGGAAUUAGAGUUUGACGAUUUGGAAUUCAUGAAGAAACUCCAUCAACGAUUCUUUUGGAAGGAAUGGCAAAGGCUGCUGUUAUGA